GAUUUUAUCAUUAGUCAAAAGUCUAUUUUAAAUAAAAUCUUAUCUAAUUAAUGUUCUAUUUAUUGUAUUUUCCAUUUAAGAAAAUAUUUCUCCUUUAUAUGAUAAAAAUUUAACAAGAAAAAUAACAUCACAUACCUUAUAACCAGUAUAUAUAUAGACAUAUAAUCAUUUUUACACCCACAGUCAUUGAAAAGAAAAAUAUCAAACAAAGAAUACUGAUCAUGACGAAGUUAUCAUGUUCUUAUUUUCUUGUACUGGUGAUUAUAUUUUUAGCGUGUUUAAUGGUUGAAAGAGCUGAGGGAAAGCUAUGUCAAAUAACCAUUAACAAAGAACAGACAUGUAUAAUAUCCUUUUGCAUUCAAGAUUGCUAUGCGCUUUAUAAUGGCGUUGGACAUUGUUUGGACGAUCCUAAAAUUCCCGGACAUAAUCUUAACUGUCGCUGUAAAUAUAAUUGUUAAAAGGAUAAUUUUUUGAAGAAAAUGUGAUAAAUAUAUUAAAUAAAUGUAAGGUUUCUUGUGUUACAAAAACAUGUAAGGUUUCUUUAACUGGAAUCUCUACUAAUAAAAGGGAGCUUUUGAGGCUCCACAUGACGUCCA